AUGCGUGCUUCAACUCUCUUCUUUGGAGCUCUCGCGCUCUUGCCCAUCCUUGUGGUUGGCCAACUCUCUGGACACGUCGGCCCUUUGACAAGCACCUCAUCAAAGGCUUCCAAGACCUGCAACGUCUUGAACUAUGGAGCCAAGGCCGACAAGACCACUGACAUUGGGCCCCCACUAGCAUCCGCUUGGGCUGCGUGCCAGACUGGCGGUACUGUCGUGAUCCCGGCAGGCGACUACGCGAUGUCCACUUGGGUCACUCUCAAGAACGGCAAGGCCGUCGCUCUUCAGCUCGAUGGUGUGAUCUAUCGUACUGGCAGCGCGGGCGGGAACAUGAUUAUGAUCCGCGAUACGCAGGACUUCGAGAUGCACAGCAGUACCGGCAAGGGCGCCGUGCAAGGUAACGGCUACCAGAUCCACGCUCAAGGAAGCCGCUCCGGCGCACGCAACCUGCGCCUGUACAAAGUCACUGAUUUCUCCGUCCAUGAUCUCGCCCUCGUCGAUGCCCCUGCGUUCCAUUUCUCUAUGGAUACCUGCACCAACGGCGAGGUGUACAACAUGGCGAUCCGGGGCGGGGACUGGGGUGGCCUCGACGGCAUCGACGUAUGGAGCACAAACAUGUGGAUACACGACGUUAUGGUAACCAACAAAGACGAAUGCGUAACAGUCAAGAGCCCCGCCAAAAACAUCCUUAUCGAGAACAUUUACUGUAACUGGAGCGGCGGCUGCGCGCUGGGCUCCCUCGGCGCCAAUACCGCUAUUUCCAACAUCGUGUAUAAGAAUGUAUACACGUGGAGCUCCAACCAGAUGAUGAUGAUAAAGUCCAACGGCGGCAGCGGAUACGUCGAGGACGUGGUCUUCGAGAACUUCAUCGGCCAUGGAAACGCAUAUUCGCUCGACGUCGACCAGUACUGGUCCAGUAUGAGUGCUGUCGACGGCAGUGGUGUCAAGUUGACCAAUCUCACGUUCAAGAACUGGAAAGGCACCGAAUCCAACGGCGCCUCACGCGGCCCCAUAAAAGUCGUCUGUGCAGACGACGCCCCCUGCACCGAUAUCACCAUCUCCGAUUUCGCAAUGUGGACGGAAUCCGGCAGCAAGCAAUGGUACUCGUGCCGGUCGGCCUACGGCACGGGCUUCUGCUUGAAGAAGGGUACAGGGAGCUCGUAUGCUGCGACGACGAGCACGCAGAGCGCCGCCCCAACCGGAUAUUCUGCGGCCAGCAUGUCAGCCGACCUUAAAACCGCGUUUGGCACCACAAUCAGCAUUCCGAUUCCCACGCUGCCGGCGAGUUACUAUCCGGGGGCGGCGCCGCAUAGCAAGGUCGCUGGGUCGUAG